UGUGUGAGUGUGUUUGCUGGCGGGCCCCGGCGGCAGCAGCUGCAGCUCGUUGGCCCCUCGGCCUCUCAUUGGCCGGCAGCGGCGUCCAGCUGGCCGCGAGCCCGGGGCGGCGUCCAAUAAGGCGCGCUCGUGCCCCGCCCCAACCUGCACCGCACUCGCGCACCUCGGGGCCCCCCGCAAGCCCGGCCACCCCCGCCCCGCCACCUGCCUCACCUCGCCUCGCCUCGCCCCGCGGCGCCCGCAGCCCCGGCAAGAGCAGCAGCCGCAGCCGCAGCCCCGUCCGGCAGGAGCCCCGCGGCCCCUCCGCUCCCCUCACGCAGCCAGCCAGCCCGGAGGGGAGGAAGAAGAAGAAGCCGCCGCCGCCGUCGGCCAGGCGAAGCAGCCACCUCGGAGCGGCGCCCGCGAGCCUCACCUCCCCCCCCCCCGCCCCGCCUGCCCCGCGCCCCGGCCGGCCGCCCUCCGCACCCACCAUGAGCAACCUGGCCAAGGAGAGCGAGCACAGCAGCAGCAGCCUCGAGGAGGAGGUACGGACACUUUUUGUGAGUGGCCUUCCAGUGGACAUCAAGCCCCGAGAAUUGUACCUCCUUUUCCGACCAUUUAAGGGUUAUGAAGGAUCACUGAUCAAACUAACAUCCAAACAGCCAGUAGGGUUUGUUACUUUCGACAGCCGUUCUGGUGCAGAAGCUGCAAAGAAUGCGUUGAAUGGGAUCCGCUUCGACCCAGAGAAUCCCCAGACGCUGCGGUUAGAGUUUGCCAAGGCCAAUACCAAGAUGGCAAAGAGCAAGCUGAUGGCCACACCAAACCCCACCAACCUCCACCCUGCCCUAGGCGCACACUUCAUUGCACGAGAUCCUUAUGAUCUGACUGGAGCUGCCCUGAUUCCAGCCUCUCCAGAAGCAUGGGCUCCCUACCCCCUGUACACCACGGAGCUAACCCCUGCCAUUCCACAUGCAGCUUUCACCUAUCCAGCUGCUGCCGCUGCUGCCGCUGCUCUUCACGCUCAGAUGCGCUGGUACCCUCCUUCUGACGCUACCCAACAAGGAUGGAAGUCCCGGCAGUUCUGUUAGUUUUAAGCUGCUUUUGGCCCACAUUUCCCCCUCUUGUCUCUCCAUGGACUGAUGCAUGAAGGAUGAAGGAGUCUUUGGGAACCUCCUCUCUCGGCCUUUUCCCCUGGACACCAUCCAAGGGCCCAACUUCACUUUGGCCGUAUUAUGAAUGAAGCUAUGGAUUCCCCCCCUCCUAAACUCUGAACGUCCAUCUCCUCCGUCUCUUCCCCCAGGGGCCAUGCUCGCCCUUCUCCCAAACUCUCUCUCCCUUCCCCUCAAUCUUGCUAAGCCCUGCCACCUUGCUGUUGCCGAGUUUCUCCUCCAGCUACCUUUUGAGUCCUUUCAGGAGACACUCAGCCUUUGUCUUUUGGUGUGGGCGUGCGCGUACGUAUAUUCCCAGCUGGGAUGCUGGCACGCAGUUGUGGCCUAGCUGCGUACAGUGCAAUAUCCAGACUUUUCUUAUCCAGAAUAUUCAGUUUUUGCUGAAGGAAGCAAAAAAAAAAUAAAUAAAAAUUCAGUUUUGCAUGUUUUCUGGCAUGACUUAAAAAAAAAACACUUUAACUUGUUGGGUGUGUGAGUGUGCAGAAUUCGUUUUUUGGUCUAGCAUUUGUGUAACCCUAGCAGUAGAUCUUGGACUAACUAUUGAUCACUAAACCUUUUCUUUUUUUUUUCAUCUCGCUUCUGUCAAGACGUGGCUUUUGGAAAAAACAAUCACUUUCUGUCUUUUCUCUCUCUCUCUUCUCCUCUUCCUCUUCCUCCAGGGUAUCUUUCCCUGUUCAGCCUUGACUAGAAUUUGAAAUAAAGAAAAUUUCUUCUCCAAAGUACAGUGCACUGGGUUUUCCGGUCCAUUUUGCCCUUCCCCCAAUUUAAGUCAGGGUUGUUGGGUUUUUGUUUAUUUUGUUGUUGUUGUUUUUCUGUCCAACUUCUAUCUAUAGAACAGCUGUAAAAUAGUUCACUUUUUUUUCCUUCCACAUCCCUCGGAUUGGAAAAAAAAUCCAGUCUUGCCAAAUCAGCAAUCCUUAUGGGAAUACCGAACAAAGAUGUACGAGUAUUUUUGUACCAUGUGUAAUGAGGAAAUAUUUAUGCAUCAUGCAAAGAUUUUGUGUGGUUUUUGUGCAAUUAAUUAUUAAAGAGUAAAAAAAUAAUAAUAAUAAUAAUUGUAAUCUGUAAGAUGAGUUUAAUGUUCAGUUAAAAGCUUGAUGAGAAAGACUUUUUUUCUGUAACUGAUUCAGUCAGGCAUAGUAACGAGAAAUUGCACAAUUUUUUUUUUUUUUUUUGUGUUGAUAUUUUAUUGCUUGGUAUUUGGAAGUCCUUUAAGUAUUACAUUCAACCAUGGCUGUCUCGCUUGUAUCAAGAUUGUUGAAUAAGUUGCUAUAUCCUUUGAGAAUGUGAAACUGGAUAAUAUAUGAAUUGUACUCA